CACCAACGGCUACUGGCAGCAUUCUGUUGAGUAGGAAGCAAAGAUGGAGGAGUAUCCUUCCAAACAAGUAACCGAAAACCUCGACGAUCCUCCCAACAGCCGCCUUUUCGCGGUCACAAGUCGGUCCAUAACUGAAGAUGACCUUCGGGAAAGUUUCUGUGUGUUUGGGGACAUCCAGGGGAUUUGGGUCGUCAAAGACAAACAGACAAAAGAGUCCAAAGGAAUCUCCUAUGUGAAGUUCGCCAAGUCUUCGCAGGCCUGCCUGGCCAUGGAGGAAAUGCACGGCAAAGUGCUGGUGGAAGGGACUAAACCCAUCAAGGUGUUUAUUGCCCAGUCACGGUCUUCAACAAGACACAGAGAUGUUGAGGAUGAGGAGCUGACCAGGAUCUUUGUCAUGAUCCCCAAAACCUUCUCAGAGGAUGACCUUAAAGAAACUUUCAAAGAGUAUGGUGAUAUUGAGUAUUGUGUUAUCAUCAAGAAUAAGUCCACAGGGGAAAGUAAAGGACUGGGCUAUGUGCGAUACUACAAACCCUCCCAAGCUGCCACCGCUAUAGAGAACUGUGACAAAACUUACAGAGCCAUCCUGGCUGAACCUCGCACCAAGGCUGCAGCAACAGAAGAAUACAGCGGGGGAUCGUCCAGAGGUGAAUACGUGGGCGGUGCUGACUCUAUGAACCAGUAUGCCUUCCCUAUGGGAGACCCUGGCAACUACCCGGUCAUAGACUACCGCUCUGGUGACUUCACACGCUGCCUGAUGAUGUCAACACGGGCCGCACUUACCCAGGAGCAGAUUUUUUCUCUGUUUGACAUCAUUCCUGGCAUGGAAUACUGUGAGCUGCAGAGAGACUCUUAUGGAAUGAGCAAAGGUCAUGCUUUGAUUCGCUACAGUAAUCUUGGAUCAGCGGUUUACGCCAAGGAAAAGCUGAAUGGCUUUGAAUAUCCACCUGGCAACAGGCUGGCAGUAAAUUUUGUUGACGACGGAGAGGAUCGCAGCAGUCCCGUAGGUCGGAUGGCCAUGCAGUUUGUUGCAACCCAGAUGAUGUCUGCAGUGUGGAACGGACCCUCCACCAGCCAAGUAAUGAAACCUCCUGGCUUCUCUGCUGUCUCCCCAAUGUCCCGGAUUCAGACAGACGUUAACCUGCCCCCUCUGAAGAAGCUCGCUCCAACUGACAGCAAGGCGAAGGAGCGCUUGUUUGUUGUGUUCAGCCCCUCCCCGCUGCCCCUGGAUGUGCUGGAGGACGUUUUCUGUCGCUUUGGUUCCCUUAUUGAGGUCCAUUUGGUUCCUGGGAGGAAGGUUGGAUACAUGAAGUAUGCAGACAAACAGUGUGCAGAUGAGGCCAUGGCAGUGCUCCAUGGCCGGGUCGUUAAUGGAGUAAAGAUGAAGGUGAUGCUGGCUGAUCCUCCCAGAGAGGAAUCUCAUAAACGUCCUCGUACCUACUAGGAUCACGUGACAGAAAUGACCGGCGACUGUUGUCAUGACACAAUGAUACCUGACCUGACAGACCGACCGACCGACCGACAUCAAGACCAUCUCCCGACCUCUGACACGACCUUUGACACCUGUCUGACCUUACUUCUGGUCGGUGACCUUGCUGUGACUCCCUUAUAUAGCAAGUACACAGUAGCAUCCACUACUAAAAUAGAGUCUUAAUCAUAUACAGUCUGUGAACAGCAACAAUGUCAGUAUGUGUUGUUUGAGGACAGUGUCAUGCUUUUUUUGCAGACUACUGAGGAAACACUUAAUUAAAAGUUUAAAAAUCUCAUUAGUUACAUUGUAGUUCAGGUGGUUGGCAGCAUUUUCUUCUUGAACUGUGGGCAGGAGGCUGCAGUCUGCUAAAAAAAAAAACAGGGGGUUUGUAAAGCUGGAUCUAGACAGUUUUGUUUUUCAGAUAUGGUCCUUCCUUUUUUCUCUUAUGGUAUGCUCUGUAAUCUCAUGUUGGUCUUAGUUCUAAGGUGUUUAUCAGACUCACUGUGAACUGUUUUUGUCUCAGUAAAAAAUAAAAAUCAGUUGAACACCCCA